AAAUAAGAUAAAAGCCCAUUAUAAGAUUCAUUGGGGGAUUUUGGAGUUUGAAAGUUGGAUCAAUCGAUCGGCUCCUCUACAGAUCAACCUUUCUCUGCAACCUCAAACUAAGAAAACAGCAAAAAUGGUGAAAGUAGCCUCUUACUUCGCUAUGGCAUUCGGCGCCUUUAUCUUCUGGCAAACCAUGGAUAAAGUCCACGUAUGGAUCGCCCUCCACCAAGACGAGAAGAAAGAGAGAUUGGAGAGAGAAGCGGAGAUCAGGAGAAUGAGGGAAGAGUUGCUUCAGCAAGCCAAGCAGAACGAUCGUCUCCCCUAAAUUCUGCGUUCAAUUCCCUCUUCUACUUGUUGCUGCUGUCGUCUUUUUAUUUUAUUUAUUUAUAUUUCCUGGAUUCAUUUGAAUUUAGACUUCAUGGAAUUGUGAUCGAAGACCAUAAUAUUGGCUUUGAUGAGCUGGAUAACCCCAUCAUAUGUCAUGGACGAAUUGUUGUUUCUUUCUGCUUUAUAAAUUGCCAUCUUUAUCUAUUUGAAUUUUGAAA